AUGGUCCACCUGGAGCAGACCAGUCCGAGCCACAGAGCCAACAGAGAGUCUGACGACACAGGAGAUGGUACACAUAUGCAGGGCCGAGCAGCCUGCACCCCUCCUCGUAGGAAACCACUGGAGAGCGACUUUGAGACCAUCAAGCUCAUUAGCAAUGGCGCCUAUGGGACUGUUUUUCUGGUGCGCCACAAGGAGACCCGUCAACGGUUUGCCAUGAAGAAGAUCAACCGGCAGAACUUGAUGCUGAGGAAUCAAAUCCAGCAGGUGUUUGUGGAGCGAGACAUCCUCACCUUUGCUGAAAACCCAUUUGUGGUUUCUAUGUUCUGCUCCUUUGAGACACGGAGGCACCUCUGCAUGGUCAUGGAGUAUGUGGAAGGUGGGGAUUGUGCCAACCUGUUGAAGAACAUCGGUCCUCUGCCUGUGGACAUGACUCGGCUGUAUUUUGCUGAGACUGUCUUGGCUUUGGAGUAUCUUCACAACUACGGGGUUGUACACAGAGACCUCAAACCAGACAAUUUGUUAAUCACCUCCAUGGGACACAUUAAGCUGACAGACUUUGGGCUGUCAAAGAUCGGUUUAAUGAACAUGACCACCAACUUAUAUGAAGGACAUAUCGAAAAGGAUACCAGGGAGUUCAUCGACAAACAGGUGUGUGGUACUCCUGAGUACAUUGCUCCAGAGGUGAUCCUGAGGCAGGGAUAUGGCAAGCCAGUAGACUGGUGGGCUAUGGGCAUCAUCCUUUAUGAGUUCUUAGUGGGCUGUGUGCCUUUCUUUGGAGAAACACCUGAACAGCUUUUUGGUCAGGUGGUCAACGACGACAUCAUCUGGCCUGAGGGGGAGGACUCUCUGCCGGCUGAUGCCCAGGACCUGAUCACCAGACUGCUGAGACAGAGCCCUCUGGAUCGACUGGGAACAGGUGGAACCACUGAGGUGAAGAUGCACAUGUUCUUCCACGGUCUGGACUGGAAUGGCCUCCUGAGACAGAAAGCUGAAUUCAUACCCCAACUAGAGACUGAGGACGACACUAGUUACUUUGACACUCGAUCGGAGCGUUACUGUCACCUGGACUCGGAUGAUGACGAUGAAACCAACGAUGAUGAAUCAUCUCUAGAGCUCCGACAGUUCUCCUCUGUGGCUCACCGCUUCAGCAAGGUGUACAGCAGCUCGGAGCAUCUGUCCACCUCCACGCCGUCCAACCAGAGCCUGUCGUCGUCAGAGCGCAGCCAGAGCGAGGAGAAGGAGGAGCGCUGGGAGGGCAGGGGAGGCCUCUCCCCAUGCGAUGGAAACAAACACUUGGCCAGUGGAGACAGGCGGACAGAUGGACCCAGGGGGAGUCUGCGACCUCGUGCUUCCUCUAGCUCCUCCCAGUCAGAGCGCAGUGCGAGCCCGCUGGUGAUGAACAGCACCCAGAGCCUCGACAUCAUGCCCCGCUUCGCCAUCUCGGCCGAGGAAGAAGAUGGGUUGGUUUCCAACCUGCAGCGCAUUCGGCUCCGGAGCAACAGCACAGGCACCAGGCCGUCCUUCCGCAGAGGGGCGUCCCGGCGCAUCGCCCACCAGCUGGAGACCCCAGAGAAACCCAGAUCCCCCGCUGGAAAAGUCCCCAAGUCUGCAUCUGUCUCUGGCCUGUCCCUCAUCAUCACCCCAGAUGACUCUGGAGGUCCUCCCACAAGCCCCAAAUCGUCCCUGUCCCUGUCGUCCAACCCCUCGUCCAGGGACUCAUCCCCCAGCAGGGACCUCUCUGUCAACGUCAGCUGCCUCCGGCCCCCUGUGGUCAUCCACAGCUCUGGGAAGAGGUUCGGCUUUGCGUUACGAGCUAUCAGAGUCUACAUGGGGGACAGUGACGUCUACACCGUUCACCACAUGGUCUGGUGUGUUGAGGAAGGCAGUCCUGCGCACGAGGCAGGGUUGAGGGCCGGUGACCUCAUCACUCAUGUCAACGGGGAGUCGGUCCAAGGACUCGUCCACACUGAGGUCGUGGAGCUGCUGCUGAAGAGUGGCAACAGGGUGACUCUGCAGACUACCGCUCUGGAGAACACUUCCAUCAAGGUGGGCCCUGCCAGGAAAUCCAGCUACAAGGCCAAGAUGGCCCGACGCAGCAAGAAGAGCAAGAAGAAGGAUGGACAGGACAGCCGACGACGUAGCAUCUUGAAGAAGCUGUCUAAGCAAACGCCUCCUCCGCCCAUGCAGAGCAGUCGUAGCUUCUCUUCGGGUUUCCACCAGUCGUCCAGCGACAGCCUCUCCGGCUCCCCCACACAGAGCCUCUCUCCUGGGCCAUCCACACCGUGUCGCUCCCCUGCUCCCGAUUACUCCGGAGAUUCAAGUUCCUCUCCGUGUUCCAGCUCCCCUAACUCUCCUGUCCCACAGCCCCGCCCCAGUUCCCUACAUGUGUUGGGUCGGUACACCAAAGCUGGCCGCUGCAAGUCCACCAGCAGCAUCCCUCCUUCACCUCUGGCCUGCAUCCCGCCUCCUCAGCCCCUCUCUCCGCAGUGCUCUCCAUCCUGCCUCCCGAAUCACCCCAAGUCUCUUCAGGGUUUUCAUGGAAAGACGUUGUCCCCUCCCACUAUCACCCGCCACUCUGUGCGUCCCCGCAGCGCAGAGCCGCCGCGCUCACCGCUCCUCAAGAGGGUGCAGUCAGCGGAGAAGCUGACGGGAGACAAGAUGACAGGGGGCUACCAUGCUGAGAGGAAGGCCUACAGCACCCGCCGCCACACCAUGGAGGUGCCUCUGUCUGAGGCGGAGGGGCUGGAGGACAUGGAGGGGGACACCGCCACUGGGUUCGUCUGUGUCGGGGAGCACGGCCGUCAGGGUUUGUUCAUCGGAGGGCAGAGAGGCUACCAGGACUCAGCCAGCGGAGGCAGCGAGCUCUACCGCUCCACCGCCUCGCCACAACACCGCAGCAGCAACCACCACUCCAACGAGGUGGUGGUGAUGAGGAAGCUGGCCCUGUCGGAGCGAAGGGAUUCCUUUAAGAAGCAGGAGGCCGUGCAGGAAGUGAGUUUCGACGAUUUGGAGGAGAGAGAGGCAACCCCGAGCCCAACGCCUCCUCUCACGCAGCCCAAGGAUUUCAAGGCGUCCUGGAUCAAGUCGGACAAGGCACAAUCUGCUGUGAAACUGGAAGGAAGAGGAGCACAGGGUACAACAACACCGCAGAAAGCCAAGUCAAAAGACAAAGGAGGGUUUUAGUUGUAUCGCUUUGCCAGGAAAACAGUACAAUGAAGAGUGUCAGUGAGGCUGAUUAGUGAAGAAGAGUCUUUGACCUGCUACUGUAACUUACAUUUGAAGGCCUUGCAUGUGUCCAGAAAACUGUGACCAAGUCAAAAAUCAUCACAAGCAUCACCUCGAAGACGGAAGAGCAAAUUAACAUCAAUUUUUCUCAGUAAUAUAUGCAUCCUGCAACACUGUUAACAGAAUAAUGACUGUCCAACUUCGUCCACUUCCUAGUUGCUUGUUUUCUCUCUUGGUUCUCAAAUCACUGUGGGACCUGGAACUGAUGUAUUUUGUAAAUAGUUUUUGUUUUAAAUGAAGGAGACUUAUUUAUGAAUUUGAUUUGUAUGCUCAUCUUUGUUUGUGGUUGCUGAAAAUGCCUUGGAUGCUUCAGCUACUCUUGCACAAAAGAAAAGCCAUGGAACAACUCUUCAUUGUGGUUUUAUAGCAGUUGCAGAAAAGGGCAGGUACCAUCAGUCAAUAUUGUACCCUAUUUUUUUUAUACCUCAAUACCUGUGUAGUGGGUGUUGUUUCCUGUUCCGUAUGGGUCUUUAAAACAAACCAACGGUGUUUGUCCUGUGACGUAUAAUGUAUUAUAGACUCAAGAAGAUUUUGCUGACUCUCCAUCAUACAGAUUGUGGUGGCUCACAAUUAGACUCAUAGAACAAAGGCCUUGUAUCAAUAUUUUGACAAAAAUAUCAACAGCUCAAUACUCAAGGGCCUAGCUGUGGUGCCAAAGCAUGGUUUAGCCAUAGGAACCAUUUAAACAGAGGUACUGUAGUUGUACAUAAGAAGCUUCAUGUAUGCAUGGGCUAUACGUCCACUUCCUUUCUGUCCUGUAAAAAAAAGUGUGUCACUGAUCAACACAGGUUUCUAGAUAAAGCUUUGUGACUACCCUCAAUAAGCAGACUGUUGUCCCUGUCACCCUUGUUCAAUCGAGCCUCCGUCCACCUCCCCCCCACAAACCUUGUCUAGCUGAAGUGCACCAGUUGUAGUAUCAGUAUAAAAGUUAGCGCACAUUUUAAUAUUUCAGGACAAUUUCAUUCACUGAUGGAUUGAAAAGUUGUACAGUUGAUGCCACAAAGAAAACUAGUUCCCUUGGCUGUUUUCUUAAAAUGGGUGUUAUGAAUGAUUGUUUACAUUUUAGUGCAAAUAUGUGUGUGCUCAUGGUUUUUGUUAAAUUAUUUAAAAAAAAAAAGUGAAUGACUGGGAAGUCAACCAAAAGCCCUGCGCGGAUGAAGGAAUGAGUAGAGGUGAUCUCCUUUUUGUAUAUUUUGAUAUGGAAACAGUCUUGUUGCAGUACUAAUAGCCCAUGCUGUUGAUGUAUAUUGUAUAAACAAUGGUGGACCUUAUAACAGCUGUUGAAAGUGUUUUUUGAAAGUGACCUUGUAACGGUAGAUGGACUCGGAUGCAUUGUGUAAUGUCACUUAUGUGACAGGGUCUUAAUCUCAUGUUGUGAUCAGCUUCAGAGGUUUGUGCAUGUUUCACAUCCCAGUAUAAAAUUCCUACCAUUUUAAAACAUAUUUUUAGUUUUUCUUGAAUUUGAUGCCAAGUCACUGGUUUGGUCUUUAAAAUUAGCGUCUUGUUAAGAAAUGUGAACAAAUUGCUUUUGGUUUUAUCUUCUUUUAGAAUUUUUUGUUCCUUUUUUUUUAAAAGCUGUUCUUUAUUGGUUUUAUUCAGAAACUGUUUUGAUCAGCAACCGAAAAUUAAUAUUUAAACUAAUUAAUUUUACAGAGAUAAGACUUUUGUCCUGUUGGAUUUUGGAGUAGAGGGAACUAUUAAUUUGGGAAUUUAUAACUGAUGUUUAGCACAUACUAAACCUUGAACGGUGCUUAUAGAUUGUUAGAAGCUUGUUUGUUACACAUCGGUGAGGAAACUGUGUGUCUCUGUAGGAUUUAUCAGCGAUUUUCUGAUGCAAUUAACAUCAUGGUAUGUUAUUUAAGAUCCCUUUAUUUUGUACCACCUCCAAACAGCCAUAUUGUCUUUCGACCUUAAGUUGUAUCAUCAUGUUAUACUUCUUCAAACCAAGACUUCAUUUUGUGGGGAUAGGCUGUCCAUGUUAGGUGUUUGGCAUCACACAUUAAAAUGGAGCUCCAGUGUGUUUGUGUGUGUGUGUGUGAUAAACUCAAUGUGUUCAUAUGGGGGCUCAACUGUUUUCUCUUCCCCAACACUUAAGUUGUGGCUCUCCAUUCAACCCCUUGUUCCUAGAUGACAAACUGGCCUUUAUGAAAUUCCUACCAUGUGGGUAUCUGAUGCAGACUCGUGUGACAUUUUUUUUUAAUUGUCUUAACAGUGCUUAAAAUAAAUGCAUUGCAAACGGGCUACAAGGUCCAGGAA